AUGAGAAAGGACAUCCAGUACCACGUCCUGGUGAACGUGGUGGACAAGAUAGACACCCAGAGCCGGAAAAUUAGCAAUCCUCCCUUGGUGGGUCCUGUCCAGGAACUGGGGCUCCCAGGAAGAGGAUGCUGCCUAGUACUGGGGUUCAUGUACAAGGAGAAGUACCGCAGGAUGACUGAAGGUCAAGCAUCCUCCUUCACGCAGCAGCCCCAGGACCAGGUCGUGAUCGCUGGGCAGCCCGUGACGCUGCUGUGUGCCAUCCCUGAGUAUAAUGGCAUUGUGCUGUGGAUUAAAGACGGGCUCGCUCUUGGAGUCGGACGGGAUCUCUCAAGUUAUCCGCGCUAUCUGGUCGUAGGAGACCAUCUGUCCGGAGAGCAUCACUUGAAAAUCCUGAGAGCUGAUCUCCAAGAUGACGCCGUCUACGAAUGUCAGGCCAUUCAAGCAGCCAUCCGAUCCAGACCUGCCCGGCUGACUGUUCUCGUUCCUCCAGAUGAUCCUGUCAUUAUGGGGGGGCCCAUCAUCAGCCUGAGAGCAGGAGACCCCCUCAACUUGACCUGCCAUGCGGACAAUGCCAAGCCAGCAGCCUCCAUCAUCUGGAUGCGGAAAGGAGAAGUCAUCAAUGGAGCCACCUACUCCAAGACACUCCUCCGUGACGGCAAGAGGGAGAGUAUCAUAAGCACGCUUUUCGUCGCCCCCUCUGACAUUGAGAACGGGGAGAGCAUUGUCUGCCGUGCCACCAACAAAGCCAUUCCCAGUGGGAAAGAGACCUCCGUCACCAUUGAUAUCCAGCACCCACCCCUGGUGAACUUGUCCGUGGAGCCGCAGCCGGUCCUCGAGGAUAACACUGUCAAGUUCCACUGCUCCGCCAAGGCCAACCCUGCCGUCACCCAGUACAGGUGGGCGAAAAAAGGCCAGGUUAUAAAGGAAGCAUCCGGUGACUUCUACGAAACCGUCGUGGACCACACCUUCUUCUUUGAGCCCGUCUCCUGCGAGGUCACCAACGCGCUGGGCAGCACAAACAUCAGCAGGACCGUGGAUGUCUACUUUGGGCCCAGGAUGGCGACAGAACCGCAGUCCCUCCUCGUUGAUCUGGGCUCGGACGCGGUCUUCAACUGUGCCUGGACUGGGAACCCGUCUCUCACCAUCGUCUGGAUGAAGCGAGGCUCAGGCGUGGUCCUGAGCAACGAGAACAAGCUGACCCUGAAGUCCGUCCGCCAGGAAGACGCUGGGAAAUACGUGUGUCGAGCCGUGGUCCCGCGGGUCGGCGCGGGGGAACGAGAGGUGACGCUCACCGUCAACGGGCCACCCAUCAUCUCCAGCACCCAGACGCAGCACGCCUUGCACGGCCAGAAAGGGCAGAUCAAGUGCUUCAUCCGCAGCACCCCGCCGCCAGACCGAAUUGCUUGGUCCUGGAAGGAGAACGUCCUGGAGUCUGGGACCUCCGGGCGCUACACGGUGGAGACGGUCAGCACGGACGAGGGCGUUAUCUCCACGCUGACCAUCAGCAACAUCGUCCGGGCCGAUUUCCAAACCAUUUACAACUGCACCGCCUGGAACAGCUUCGGCUCCGACACGGAGAUCAUCCGGCUCAAAGAGCAAGGUACGGAAAUGAAAUCAGGAGCUGGUAUUCAAGCAGAGUCGGUGCCGAUGGCGGUGAUCAUUGGAGUGGCCGUGGGGGCCGGCGUGGCGUUCCUGGUGUUGAUGGCCACCAUCGUCGCCUUCUGCUGCGCCCGCUCCCAGAGGAAUCUCAAAGGUGUGGUUUCUGCCAAGAACGAUAUCCGCGUGGAGAUCGUACACAAGGAGCCGGCCUCGGGCAGGGAGACGGAGGAGCACCCAACCAUCAAGCAGCUGAUGGACCCCACCAACGGCUACUACAGCGUGAACACCUUCAAGGAGCACCACUCCACCCCCACCAUCUCGCUGUCGGGCUGCCCGGCGGACCUGCGCCCCGCCAGCAAGCAACGGGUGCCCACCGGCAUGUCCUUCACCAACAUCUACAGCACCUUGAGCGGGCAGAGCCGCCUCUACGACUACAGCCAGCGCUUCGUGCUGGGCAUGGGCAGCAGCUCCAUCGAGCUGUGCGAGCGCGAGUUCCAGCGCGGCUCCAUGAGCGACAGCAGCUCCUUCCUCGACACCCAGUGCGACAGCAGCAUCAGCAGCAGCGGCAAGCAGGACGGCUACGUGCAGUUCGACAAGGCCAGCAAGGCCUCCGCCUCCUCCUCCCAUCAUUCCCAGUCUUCUUCCCAAAACUCGGACCCCAGCCGGCCCCUGCAGAGGCGGAUGCAGACACACGUUUGA